AUGUACAAUAAACAACGGUACAAUAAAAAUGGAUAUAACAGUAGUGAUUUUAAACGAAAUGCUAAACAAGAACCGAGUAAUGAAAACGACCCGGAACAAGAUGACGGCGAAUUAAAAGUAAAUGAAAAAGCCAGUGAAUAUAUGAGGGAAUUGUUAAGUGAGAAAAUCAAACUUAAUAAUGCUAAGUUUCCAAUCAUAACCAAGCUGAUUGACCAAGAGGUCAUCAAAGUGCAGUCAAGUGGUAGGAUACCUGGGAAGGACUCUAAGUAUUUGGAUGUUUUCCGUGACAAGCCUACCAAAGUUACUGUGAAGGUGCUAGUACCCGUCAAAGACCAUCCCAAGUUCAACUUCGUAGGACAACUCCUUGGCCGUAAGGGUAAUACAAUGAAACAUUUGCAAGAAGAGACUAUGUGCAAAAUGGCUGUACUUGGCAGAGGAUCUAUGAGAGAUAGACAAAAGGAAGAAGAACUUCGUAACUCUCUGGACCCUAAGUACGCCCACUUGUCUGAUGAGCUGCAUGUAGAGAUCACGGCGCUGGCACCGCCGGCUGAGGCCCACGCUCGCAUCGCGUAUGCACUCGCAGAAGUUAAGAAAUAUUUAGUCCCCGACACCGAUGACAUGAUCUGGCAAACACAGAUGAGAGAAAUUGAUAGAGGCCAUGGACACGCUGGCCCGGGACGUGGUCCCCGCCCUCCACCGCGAAUGUCGCCCGCUCCCCUUAUUCAGCGCCAAAUGCCAGCUAAGUCCAAGGUCAUCAGCAUCCUGGACCGCGCUCGCACUGCCAUGGAGGGUUCCUACCCGUACGAAGACCAGUAUGGUGCCGCUCCUGAGCCGCCGAGUUACCCGCUCCACCCACAGAUCCGAGGCCCGGUGCGGGGCUCGGCGGAGCCCGAGUUCUACUACGAGCGGUCGCACGACCGCUACUACGAGGACGAGGGCUACUACAAGGAGGAGCCGCGCGACUACAAGUCUGCGCGCACGGUGGGGACCCGGCGCGCGCCGGCGCUGGGCGCGCCGCCCGCGCCGCUCGUGCACCACGCGCCGCGCCACUACUCGCGCCCCGAGCCCUACGCGCGCCCGCCCAAGUAG